UCCAGGCCCAGGUCUAUGUUCUGAGUAAGGAGGAGGGAGGCAGACACAAGCCCUUUGUCAGUAACUUCAUGCCUGUCAUGUUCUCCCUCACCUGGGACAUGGCUUGCAGGGUCUACCUGGCAGGAGACAAGGACAUGGUGAUGCCAGGUGAAGACACAUCUCUGACCCUCACGCUGCGCCAGCCUAUGAUUCUGGAGAAAGGUCAACGGUUCACUCUCAGAGAUGGCAACAAAACUAUUGGCACCGGCCUGGUUACUGACAUACUGACCACCACAGAGGAAGACCAACACAACUGGGGCUGAGGAGAGAGAAGAAAAUAUGGGAGGGAAGGGAGGGGGACUAAUGGUGGGGGAGGAAGGGGGACUAAUGGUGGGGGAGGAAGCAUCUAGCUGUCCAAUAUAUUGGUCUUUAGACACACACUGCAGUAAGGAGCUGCUCCGACUGCAUGUCUCUCUGCUUUACUGACCAACCAGAAGACCCACAAUGAGAUGUUCAUAGUUGUCUUUCUGUGAAAAGGCCAGACUGUCAUUGUCCGCUUGUGUAAUAAAAUGUAUUUAAUAGUAAAACAUCUA